CGGCAUGCCCCCUUCCCCGCCACCGCCUCCUCCGCCUCCAUUCCGGAGCUGGCGGAGGAGGGAGGUUGCCCCUAGUCGGGCAGUGGCCCCGAGCGAGCGGGGAUGGGAGGCUGCCUCUCCUCGCAGGCGGCGGACGACCUGUCGCUGCUCAACGACUCCACGGGCGACGGGGCCAGCCUGGGGCCUGGGGAGCCCACCCCUCAGCCGCCGCCGCCGCCGCCCGCCUCGGCCCUGCCGCCCCCCUACCAGGAACAUGCACCUAUUCCUGUGUAUCACCCAACACCCAGCCAGGCACGUCUUGCUACCCAGCUUACUGAGGAGGAACAGAUCCGUAUAGCUCAGAGGAUUGGGCUAAUUCAACAUCUUCCCAAAGGAAUCUUUGAUCCAGGCUCGGAGCCAUCAGAAAAGAAAAUCAAAGAGUGUGUGAUCUGCAUGCUGGAUUUUGUAUAUGGAGAUCCCAUCCGGUUCCUGCCCUGCCUGCACAUCUACCAUGUACACUGCAUUGACGACUGGCUGAUGCGAUCAUUCACUUGUCCCUCUUGCAUGGAGCCAGUUGAUGCAGCUCUACUGUCCUCCUAUGAGACUAACUGAGGUGGCUGUGUGCCCUGCUCUUGUUAAUGCUUCCAGGAAGCGGUUGUGUGGGGGGCUGAGAAGCAGCAUGCUAUUAUUUGCACACUUCUGGGAUACACCAAAGAAUCAUAUGGCAUAGAACCUGCUCCCAGCCCCAAGGAUAACACACAGCCAUUCAGGUUCGCUGACUGUAAUAAAGGCUGAUGUGUCAUAUUUGAGCAUUGUAUGCAGGGGGAGGAUGGCAAGGCUGGAGCUGUCCUUCCAUUCCACCCAUAUUUUUUUAAAAAAGAAGAUUGCUGUUUGAAGCUAUUCCCCUGCCACAUACUGAAUCUGCAAGUACAUUUUUCCUAGGGUACUGCAUGGGACUUUUAAACUAUUACCCCUGCUACCAGUGAUGAAAACUUGACUCUCAUAGGAAACAUCUCGGACCUUUAAGUCUAAAGGGAGUUGUGGCAGAAUAGGGUGGGGAGUUAAAAGUUGGUAAUGUUUGGAUGUUUCUUUUCAGCCUUCUCCCUUUCACCCUACAAAGAGAGUAGUGCUUCACUGAAAUAAGGCAGCAGCUUUGUUUAGAUCUUGACCAUUAUGGGAGGAUUUCCCCCCAGUUGGAGCCAUGUUGAAGUGGAGGAAACCAGCCUAUCGCCUUCCUUUGUGGGGUAGCAUGGGACAGGGACAUUGCUGUGACAGGAGGCUGAUUUGAUCCUGUAGCUUCAGAGGCAGAGUGCUUCUGUUUAAAGGUUGGUGUUUCAGCUGAGAGUGAAGGAGACUCUUCCCUUGCUCUCUUCUGCUUUUAAAGUUUUUUUUUUCUCAAUUAGGAGGGGAAUUUUUAUCCAUUCUGAGAUGCAGCAUGGCACUUCUGAAGACUUUAUGGCACAAGCAGAUUCCCUGCUAACAUACUCAAGUUUAUAUCAAUCCACAGCAUCAGUAUGUUUUAUCUGGUCACAUGAAUAGAUGAGAGUUAGAGGGAACAGAAUGUUUUUCCACUCACAAUUAUCAUUUGACUGCAGUUAAGUGGAUUUUGAGGGAAGUCUCUCACCAGCCUUUUCUCUUGGUGACUCUUCACAACCACACUAUUGACACUUAGAUUUCUUGGCAUGCUUAUAACGUGAGAUGGGCAAGUAUCUUGUAAAUAACAAUUUUUAAUAGAAAGUUGUUUAUUCAAUACAGUAAACACCCAUUCUAUAGACUGUGGGUAAAAGCGUAUGAGUACACUUUUAAAAAGGGUGAAGGAAUUUUGCUUGUUAUCUGUUUCUUCUGUUCGCCUUACACCACUUCAAGUGAAGACUUGUCCCAUAGGAAACUGCUAGUGCAGUCUAUUAAUUAGUGCCAUGCAGCUAGCCCACUAUUUGGAAAAGCUUCUUAGUCAUGCUCUGUUUAUUGCCUUGCAAGUGGAGAAGCGUGAAAGUGCUUUUCUGAUUAUGUAUUGUCCUUAACAAGGAUCUAGCACUUGAGAGGAAAACUAAUGUACAUUGCAUUCAAAUGGAAAUAAAAUAAUUGCCUACAGUCCUUUGGACUAUGUAUGUGGGAUAAGGCAACUGCUCAGUUCCCUUCCAUCAACGUUUCAACUGAAAUAAAUGUGAGCAGAACCUGCCAAGGAAACUA